AUGCCCACCACUUCAACCCCUACAACGCUCUCGCCAGCGGAGCUAUCCUACCUCCACACCUCUCUCACACAGACACCACCUCUACGGCCCGAUUUACGCUCCCCCACCGAGUUCCGCCCCCUCCGCGCCGAGACAGAUCUGCUUCCGACAUGCAACGGGUCCGCCCACGUGUCCCUCACGGACGGAAGCGAGGCCCUAGUCGGCAUCAAGGCAGAAGUGCACCGCACGGCCGGCGCCAACGUGACCAAGCGCCUCGACGAGGAGAUGCACGAGAAGAUGAGCCUCGACGAACCUUCUUCCACUAUAUCAGCAGCAGCAGCAGGUCUCAACUCGAACCGGAAACCUCGAGGCCAUCCCGACUGGAUCUCGCUAAACGUCGAUAUCUCAACGCUCCGAGACGAUGACCCGCUCCUAAUCUUCCUGAGCGAGAUGCUACGCGAACCACUGCUUACGACAUCGUCAGCGACAACAACGGCCGCUAACCUAGCCGACAUGCUCGUCAUCAACAGCAAUUGGCACUGGCAUCUACACAUCGACAUUCUCCUGCUCUCCCCCUUCACCGCCUCAGGGACAAGCUACCCCUUACCCCUACUCUCGCUAGCCACGCAUCUCGCCCUCCGCAGCGCUCGGCUACCGAAGCUGAAAAGCCAAGGCGAGGAAGAUCCGCUCGUCGACGACGACUGGGAAAGCAGCCUCUUCCUAUUCCCGCCUCCCACAUCCGCCCGGAAACCCGAUAGCGCCAGCGGAAACGCCGGAGCCAACGAGCACAGCAUCCCCCCGGAGGCGGGACGGCUGAGCAUGCCCCCAAUCACCCUCCUGGUCAUGACCGUCAACUCCAACAUCAUCUUCGACCCCUCCCACUCGGAACUCGCCGUCGCAGAUGCCGUGUUGGCCGUCUCCGUCGCCUUCUCCGACACCACCACGCAUCAUCAUCAUCAUGAUGAUGCCCAAACGCCGACGCUCCUGGCGAUCAGGACCAUUGAGACGCCCGCCCGCGACACGAUGAGAGGCGUGCCUGCUGCCGGGGAGGUGGUGGAAGGCGAGCUCGUCCCCGGCGUGUGGAAACCUAAAGUCGGCGGCGUGAAGAGGGAAGUCUUGAAACGCGUCGUCAGAGCCGUCGUGGGCACGGGCGGUGACGAGCUGGGAGUGGCACGCGAGGUCUUUGAUGGCUUAGAGGCCUUCUUGCGCUCGUGA